GCCCCUGCCCCGCCCCACGGCUCUCACGCCGCCCCCGCCGUUGGGACUUCCCUCCCGCCCUAGGCUGGCAGCGGCACACUUGCUGCCCCUCACAGCAGCCGUUGUAGCCUCAGUGCUUGCUGCUCACGCCGCGGACCUCACAGCCUGGCUGCCCGGCCCGCCGCCCCAGGUCCGCCCCAGGUCCCGUUAGUGCGCGGAGCCUGCUCGUGGGGCCCGCUGCGCAAGCCUGCCACCACCCCUUGACCCAGCCGAAUCCCAACGCCCAAGGCAGCCGCCCAGAGAGCCACAGGAGUCUCAGAGGCCAGGGUGGAGGUAGAGGAGGGCCGAGCCUGCGACCAGGGAGGCCCGGUUUUGAAGCCGCAUUUUUCUUCGAGUUAGGUCUCGUCCAUGUCCUAUUUCUUUCUCUACGUACUUUGUGCGAAUAAGUUUUGGAGCAUCGGUUAACCGCCUGUGGGUGAGAUUUGGCUUUCAUUCAUGCGUGAGGAAUUAUUCUUGACAGAAAUAUUUUAGAAGAAAAAUAUUUACAAUGGCCUCAGCAGUUCUUAGUUCUGUUCCCACUACUGCUUCUCGCUUUGCCCUGUUGCAAGUGGAUAGUGGCAGUGGCUCUGAUUCUGAGCCUGGAAAAGGCAAAGGUCGGAAUACUGGAAAGUCUCAAACAAGCAAAUCAACUACAAAUGAGAAAAAGAGAGAGAAAAGAAGAAAAAAGAAGGAGCAACAGCAGAGUGAAGCAAAUGAGCUCAGAAAUCUUGCUUUUAAGAAAAUUCCUCAGAAAUCCUCCCAUGUCACUUGUAAUGCUCAACAUGAGCUUUCUUUACCAAACCCAGUAAAGAAGGAUUCACGAGAAGAAAAUUGGCAAGAGUGGAGACAAAAAGAUGAGCAGCUGACAUCUGAAAUGUUUGAAGCAGAUCUUGAGAAGGCAUUGUUGCUAAGUAAAUUAGAAUAUGAAGAACACAAAAAGGAGUAUGAAAAUGCUGAAAAUGCUUCAACUCAGUCAAAGGUUAUGAAUAAAAAAGAUAAAAGAAAGAAUCUUCAGGGAAAAGACAAACCUCCCACAGUAUCACUAAAAGAUUUUCAGUCUGAGGAUCAUAUUAGUAAAAAGACAGAGGAAUUGAGUUCUUCUCAGACUUUAUCACAUGAUGGAGGAUUCUUCAAUAGACUGGAAGAUGAUGUUCAUAAAAUUCUUAUUAGAGAAAAAAGAAGAGAAAAGCUUACAGAAUAUAAUGGAACAGAUAAUUGUGCAGCUCAUGAACACUACCAGGAAGUAGUUCUGAAAGAUGGCAGAAUUGAAAGACUAAAGUUGGAACUUGAAAGGAAAGAUGCUGAAAUCCAGAAACUGAAAAAUGUGAUCACUCAAUGGGAGGCAAAAUAUAAAGAAGUGAAGGCAAGAAAUGCACAGUUAUUGAAAAUGCUUCAGGAAGGUGAAAUGAAAGAUAAAGCAGAAAUACUUCUGCAAAUUGAUGAAUCACAAAGUAUCAAGAAUGAGCUGACUAUACAGGUGACUUCCCUGCAUGCUGCAUUAGAACAAGAAAGAUCUAAAGUGAAAGUUUUACAAGCAGAGUUAGCCAAAUACCAGGUAUGCUUUUAUAAUUUUGAUAGUGUUUUCAUCACAGAUAAUACAUUUGAAAUAGAUACUAUGUGAUUGAAUAACUGUGCUAUCUUAGGCCAAAAUUUAUUCACCAGAAAUACUAAUUUUGUUAAAUUUGUUAUAUAAUAUACAUUUUUAAAAAUGUAAGGUUAUUCUAGACUUGGGUAUUAACUAAAGUAUUGGAAAUAACUAAAGUAUUUCAGAAAAAUCCUUGCUCUACUACAUAGAUGAUAUAGUAUACAUGCCAUUGACUCAUACUGAGGAAAGGCACAUAAUGACAUUUGUCCCAUUAUAUAAUAAGUUUAAUCACUUAAGUACAGCAAUAUCUUUUAGAUGUCUUCAUUGUAAAAGUAUAUUUUCCACUUUGUAAUUAAUAAAUGAUAUGUGGAGUGAUACUUUGAGAUUGUGCGACUGUCCUUUUCUUUUUACCCAAUGGUUUACCAUCCAUUGAUGAUAUUUGUAGCAGUUAUUUUGAUGGUUGCAAAAUAGUGAUUUUUCUAAUUCUGUCAUUUCUUCUGCAUUCACAAGCUGGCAUUCAGCAUUUUUUUCUGGAUGACACAGUAAAAAAUAUCAGUGCUUUUUUUCAGUCUAUGUGUAUGUGUAUAUGUGUAUAUAUAAACACACACAUUUAUUUGUAUGUAUGUAUGUGGGUCUAAGUCAUGACAUAAAAUGUGUUGAUUAAGGUGGGGUCAUAGUCAAAAAAAGUUUGAGGGCCACUGGUGGCCUAGAGAACAUUCCAAUUGUUUAGUCCCAGCUUUGAUAUCAGUCUGGGAGGGAGAAUUUGCCUGGGAGGCUUUGAAAAUGAUUUUUGAAAAAUUUUUUGUGUUUUUUUAAUCUUAUUGAGGAGCAAGGUAAGAUUUUUAAGCUGUAUAACAUUGGUAAAUUUAUUUUCAUUUUCUUGCUAUCAGGAAAUGAAUCUUGUUUUUAAUACAUAUCACAUACAUCUCAGGUCCUAUGUAACCUUUUUAUAUUUAUUUUCCCUGAAUGAAUUUUUGCAGAGCUUUUAUUUGUCCAUAAAUAACAGCGUUUUUAGACUUGAUUUUUUAAAAACAAAGGUUGAUAGAGAAAUGUUUUGGUUACUAAGAGGAAAGUUAUAUGCUGAAAAAAGACAAAAAGAUUAAAAAAACAAAAACAGAGAAGCUGCCAUCAUUAUUAAUUUGACCUGGGUUUCAAGUGCCCCUGAUACAACCACCAUUUUCAGAAAGGCACUUUCCCAGACUUGGCUGAUCAUCAGAAUCACUUGGGAGCUUUUUGAAUUACAGAUAGUUUUGUCCAUUCCUGGUAACUGUGAAUAAAUAGGUCUGGGACAAAGUGUUGACAUCAGAAUUUUAAAAAUAUUACUACACAGGUGAUUCUAAUGAUCAACUAAAUUUGGGCACCAUUGCCAUAGUUUAUAAAAAUGGAGGAGGAAACUAUAAAAUCAUGUUAAGGCAAAUACAUCAAACCAUUAUUAAUGGUUAAAAUGGGAGGUGGGUAGAGUAGUUAUGGAUGAUUUUAAUUUUCUUCUUUGUACUUUCUGUAAUUCUACAAGUAUUUAGUUUUAAAAUCAGAAUAAGGCAGAAAAUGUUAGUGUUAAAAUUAAUAUAAAAUACUUCUUGUCUUUUAAGCUGCCUUUCUCUUUUCUUGGUCCACAUCAAAUACCAUAGAUGGAGUUUCAAUUGGACCAGGUUAAAUACAGAUGUAUAUAUGUCACUGAGCAGUAUGAAAAAUAAAAUCUACUUUCCAACCCAGUGAAGAAGAAAACCAGACUUCUAGUGCUAUCUGAUAAGAUGUCUGACAAAACUUACAUUAUAAAUUGAAUUACCCCAAAGGGUAAUGAACUGAAUUACUAAAUGUGCUGAUCAUAUGGAAUAAAUUGUUUUAGUAUUGAUCAAAAUUGUUAUUUUAAAAACAAUCUGGGACAG